ACCAACCCACUACCCCUAGCGUCACUUUGCGUCCUUUUGCCGGGAAUGUCGGACCACGUGUGUCCUGCCGGCGUGCUUGUUCCUCUGGUCCUCGAUUCAUCUCUCCUCAUUCCUAAACGAGUCGGGUCCAGGGAGUGUACCAGCAAGAUGGCGGCGCGGUGGGGUGCAGGCGAGGAUACGUUAACUGCAUGUCAUAUGGAUAUGUUCCACAUGGAUACACUUGACGAGACUGAUGGGCUGAGCCCCGCAGAGACUCUUGAGGCCCUUCAAAGCUGUUUAGACCCUUCGAUUCUUUCCAUCUUUGAGGACAGUCCAACAAUAGAGACUAAAGGAAUAGACGAGGAAAGUGAAGCCACGCUGCUGACAGCCCUGACAGAGAUUCUUGACAAUGUGGACGAUGAGAACCUGUCCCCAUUUGACACGCUGCCUGAUUCAGACCUGCUGUCGGGUCAAAAGGGCCGGGAACACUCUCCGCUCAGGAGAUUGCUGUGUCUCUCACGUUCCCCUCCAGAGAAAGACACACGCUUUAGCUCAGGAUCCUUCUCAACUGGAAAGAGCCUACCUAGGCUACUGGCCGCAUUCCAGAGAAGUGAUGGGGAGGAAGACGAAGAUGGCUCCCUCAGUCUGAGCCCAAUGAGUCACAGUUUAUCUCCUGACAGUGACCAGCUACAGUGGGAAGAACUGACCCUCCCACUUCCUGACACUUUUGAGCAGGAGGUAGAAGAUGGUAUUUCAGUUAGCCUAGGAGAGUUGGUCAGACAUAUGCACCCGUACUGUAUGGCCUAUAGUAUGGAGGGUGACGAGGGGGAACAGAUGUUGCCCGAAGGAGGCAUCUUACUUGAAGUUGUAGACCAGGGUGAAAAUGGAGAACCCAUCUUUGCAAUCCAAGAUAUGGAUCUGCCGGGAUCUUUUCCAUUUAGAGAAGAAGAGCAGUUCUUAGAGCAUGAAGCAGAAGAAGUUGCCUCUGACACUUCCGAGCAUAUAGUCGUUGACGAUGAAGAUGAAGUACAAGUUGUAUCCCCUGUGACAUCACACCUAUGUUUAGAUGUGAAAGAUGCAAUGGUCAUCGAGAGACAGAAGGAUGAGAUAAGAGAGAAAAGUCCGUCUCGGAGAAAAAAGAAGAAAAAAUGCAAGGAACAGCACCAACCCAAACCUGUGGAGGAAAGGGUCUUGAGGAGUGGCAAAGUAAGAAAGACGCCACAGGAAUCUCUGAAAAAACUUGAAAGGUCAGUCAAAGAAAAGAAGAAAAACAAAGCCCAAAAGCUUCCUCUUGUCUCACCUCCAGCUCCCUCAACUGUAAAACCUAAUAAAUUAAAUUCAUGCCAAACUGAAAUCACCACCAAAACACCUCAAAUGAAUGUGCACGUUGCCACACCCCCUAGCUGUUCCCCCUCAACAUUGAGCUCCCAGCAGCCUGAAGAAAUGCCUAAACAGCUGGCCCCUGAGAAGCUGGAAGUCUCAUCAACAGUUCCCUCUGCUGUCCUGCCCCCUAUGUCUUCAGAGAGCCCUGCAGCUGCUCCUACUCCAGCAACACCCCAGAUGAUGCCACCUAUUAGUGAGGCCCUUCCUCCAGCAUGCCCUGUAGUCCCAGAGCCUAAGCCUAAAUCACUCAGUCUAGCAGAGUACCGGCGGCUCCGUCUGCAGAAGAAGCCAGCUCCGGUGGAAAAGGCAGACGACAACAGCACCAAGUGGCCCAGCCUUCCAGAGCUUCCUACAGAGCUUCCCCUCAUCCCCUGCCUCCCCAACCCCAGCCCCAAAGACCUUCGACGCCCCAACCCCCAGCCAGAAGUGGUGGAGGUCCGGCCUGCCUGGCAGCCAAGGGGCCCAUGUGCACCACCCACACCCGAGGCGCUGUUGGCGCCACCGGCCUACAUGGUUGCCUCAUCCAGCAAGGUUACACCUGUUCAUAAACCCCAGCUAAGACCUGAACCUUCCAAAGCUUCUCUUCCCCAAAAGCAGUCGGUCCCCGUGCCUGAGUCAGCACAGAAUUUACCCUCACAUCAUCAUACCAUAGCUCAACCUGCAUCACCUUGUGUGCCUCAAAGCUCUGCGCCUCCAGCAGAAGGGAAAUGCGCUCUCUCACUUUCAGGAAGAAAUGGAGGAGUAGAUGAAAGGCCCCGAUCUCAGCCUGCAUCUCCAAAGUCUGUAGAGCUCACCAAAACCUGUUCUAAAACCACUACAGAGGCGAUCAAACCCAUUGCUGCUACCACUGUGCCUGCGCCCAGUGCCCCCCAGAAGAACAUUGUUGUUUUACAGAAGGUACCGGAGGUUACUGCUCCUAAGUCAUUAAGGAACUCCAUUACAACUGAUGGCAAAUCAUCAAAACCCACAGUCAAUGGUACCCAGAUGAGUUCUCCUGCAGCUACCCAGCUGAAACCUGUUCUACUUGAAACUAAAGAGAAGCCCACUACAGCGGUGAAACCCCCGAAGGCAAAGAGCGCCACACAGGAGCUAAUUGAGGCUUUCACCACAGAGAUAGGUAUUGAAGCUGCUGAUCUGACCAGCUUGCUGGAGCAGUUUGAGGAAACCCAAGCCAAGGAGGAGAAAUGUGUGCUGGAGGUCUCUGGUAGAGCAGCAGCUGUAGGAAACUCGAGUUUUGAGUCGGCUCCAGAGAGAACGGUUGUGGAGCAUGUGAGAGAUAAUGACCUUUCGAGUCCUGCAGCUUUGACUCCUCCAGCUACUCCCCCACACCAGAUGUGGAAACCCCUGGCCGCUGUGGCCCUUCUCGGAAAGAGCAAGGUAGCUGAGGCCCAAAAGUUGAGCCCCGCCAAAGUUAUCCAGAUAGAAGCCCGGCCCUUGCCCUCAGCCAGGUCCCGCAGCAAACCCUAUCCUGCUGCUGCUACUGUCUCCGCCGAGUUGGCAUGCAUGGACCACGACUAUUGCCUCCCCAACAAAGGCCCUUCUGGAGAGCAAGGCAAGCGCUGGAAUGUCAAACAGCCAUCUUUUAUCACUAUUAAACCCAUCAAGCAACCCACUACACAAACCCCUCUUGCUGCCCUGGCAUUGUCUGCCACAAACUCUGUGAUUAAAGCCCAAACACGAAAGCUUCCUCUGACAGAGCCCCUGGAUCACAGGACUGGUAUGACAGAGAGAAGCUCUGUCCUGGAGACUCCAGAUGCUUCCCCUGCUCGGCAGGAGACUGAUGUCACUGAGAAAGAAGGAGGCCCUAAGAGUGGGCAUUCUGGGAGAACAUACCGUCGACAAGCUGUUUCUCGCACACCCAGCCCCAGAUCCAGUUCCAAAGAGAGGACUGGAGGCCGCUCUAGAAAAAGAAGAUCCCAUCAUUCUCCCAGCCCCAUGUCCAGCAGUUCAGAGUCUGACUCCCAUUCCUCUAGAUCUCGGUCUAGAUCCCACUCUCCAUCUAAGAAGAGGUAUCGUCCUCAUCAAUCUGAAAGUAGUUCAAGCUCCUCGUCCCGUUCUUCCUCUCGGUCUUCUCCCUCGGUGUCCCGCUCCCCCCCCAGAAGGAGGAGGCGGUUCUCAUAUUCCUCCUCUCGUUCAGGCUCUUGGAGUCGCUCGAGAUCACGCUCUGGGUCCCCUCACAGGCGAGCUCAGUGGAGCAGAACCAGAAGAUUGUACAGCCCCUCGUGUAUGACCAGCUAUGCUCAAGCUGGAAAGAAUAAUGUUGAAGUGAAGAAAUGCAAAGAGAAAGCCAUCGAGGAGCGGCGGGUUGUUUACGUUGGUCGCAUUCGGGGAACGAUGACCCAAAAAGAACUUAGAGAACGCUUCUCUUUUUUUGGCGAGAUUGAAGAAUGCACCCUGCACUUUAGAGACCAAGGGGACAACUAUGGGUUUGUGACUUAUUACGACACCAAGAAUGCAUUCACGGCCAUCGAGAAUGGAAGCAAGCUACGCAAGUCCGAUGAGCUUCCAUUUGAUCUCUGUUUUGGAGGAAGGAGACAGUUCUGCAAGUCAAACUAUGCUGACCUGGAUUCGAGUAAGGAUUACGAUUCGUCGUCUGGGAAAGGAAAGUUUCAGACACUAGACUUCGACACUUUAUUGAAGCAGGCCAAGCAGAAUCAGAGGAGGUAACAGGAGGCCUUGCAGCAGGAAGCAGCUGACACUUACCUCAGAGCCAAUGGAUGGCUUCUCACCUGCAACACUGUCUUUACAUUUAAGUUGUUGCCUUAGUUUUAUUUUGUUUGUGUUUAUUUUGUUUCUCAAAGCUUACACCUUCUAUUGAAGUGAAGAUUUGUAAUGAAAUAGUAAAAUAAAAAAAAAUGGAAUGAGUCAAAUUUAAAUAUUUUUUUUUAGUUUAUUUAAAUGUGCACAUUUAAAUUGUAUUGAGAAUCAUUUUUAAAAGGGUAAAAGUACAUGGGAUGGAGCUCUCUAAUUACUGGGACAGGUUGUGUUACAUUGAAUGUACUACGGACCUAAAUAAAUAAUAACCUAAAAUAC